GCUUACCAAUCCACUCACAAUGGCACCGUGAGUCGAAUUCCCCAUGUCCUGACUUCAGUGGCAACACACUAGAUCUAGGGCAGCCGACCAGCUUGAAAAUUCCCUGGAACAAAUAGACCACCGCAGAAAUGUAUAUUGACAACGUAUCUCAGACGACUAUCAUGGAUCGGUCUCGGCAACAUGGGCAGAGGAAUGGUCAAGAAUAUUGUCGAAAAAGGCGAACACUCCGGCCCAGUCCUCGUCUACAACCGCACGACAUCACGUACCGAGAAACUUGUCUCCUCUCUCCCAGAAGGAAAAGCAAAAGCCAUCACCUCCAUCUCUGAAGCCGUCCAAUCAUCCGACAUCAUCUUCACCUGUCUCUCCAACGAUGCCGCCAUCGAAGAAACCAUCAACACGGCCCUCUCGUCCUCCCCAGAAGCAGCCAAGGGCAAACUCUUCGUCGACUGCAGCACAGUCCACCCCGACACCACCAACAAACUCGCUCAAACCAUCAACUCCGCCGGAGCCGACUUCGUCGCCUGCCCAGUCUUCGGCGCCCCAGCAAUGGCCGACAACGGCCAACUCGUCUGCGUGCUCGCCGGUCCCAAACCCCAAGUGAACCGCGUCCUCCCCUUCUGCAAAGGCGUCAUGGGCCGCGCAGAAAUCAAUUACUCGGACCAACCGCAAGGCGCAGCCACACAUCUCAAAAUCAUCGGAAAUACCUUCAUCCUCGCCAUGGUGGAAGCGUUGAGUGAGGGACAUGUGCUGGCGGAGAAAUCGGGGCUGGGAACGGAGAAUUUGCACGCGUUUAUUGAGGUCAUGUUUCCCGGGCCGUAUACGGCGUACAGUCAGCGGUUGAAGAGUGGCGAUUAUUUUGAGAGGGAGGAGCCUCUGUUUCAGGCGAAAUUGGCGAGGAAGGAUGCGGGGCAUGCAAAGAGUUUGGCGGACAAGUGUGGGGCGAAGAUGAAUGGGUUGGAGGUGGCGGAUGCGCAUUUGAAGCAGGUGGUGGACCAUGCUGGGGACAGAGGAGAUAUCGCGGGGAUCUACGGUGCGGUGAGGAAGGAGAGUGGGUUGAAGUUUGAGAAUAAGUAGAUAGAUGAUGGAUUGCAUUGUCGUCCGUUA